AUGGAUCUCACCAGUGGCGCUGUGAUCCCCCCCGCCUCGUCUCGAGUACGUGGCGGCAGCGGGAAGCUGUUCGCUCUCGAGCUCGAGGAUGGCACUGUCUACCAGGGUUACAGCUUUGGCGCUGAGAAGAGCGUGGCAGGAGAGCUGGUUUUCCAGACUGGCAUGGUAGGUUACCCGGAGUCAGUGACUGACCCCUCCUAUCGUGGCCAGAUCCUGGUCGUCACUUUCCCCUUGGUGGGCAACUAUGGUGUUCCCUCUCGGGAGACCAUGGACGAGUUGUUGAAGACAUUACCAAAAUACUUUGAGUCUACUGAGAUUCACAUUGCGGCACUCGUCGUUGCCACCUACGCCGGAGAGGACUACUCACACUUCCUUGCUGAGUCCUCCCUAGGACAAUGGCUCAAGGAACAGGGUGUUCCUGCCAUGCACGGAGUCGACACCCGUGCUCUGACAAAGCGCAUCCGUCAGAAGGGUAGCAUGCUUGGCCGCAUGCUGCUCCAGAAGUCCGAUGAAACAUUGGAGGAGGCUCCAGUGGACAAGGACAGCUGGAGGUCGUACUUCGAGCAGACUGAGUGGGUUGACCCGAAUAAGAAGAACCUCGUGAGCGAAGUCUCCAUUCGGGAACCACGUCUUUUCUCCCCUCCUGAGGAUGUUGCUCUCAAACAUCCUUCUGGUCGUCCGGUUCGCGUUCUGUGCUUGGACGUUGGUCUGAAAUUCAACCAGCUGCGCUGCCUGCUUGCUCGGGGCGUUGAAGUCUUGGUCGUCCCUUGGGACUAUGACUUCCCCACCCUUGCCGGCAAGGACUACGAUGGUCUCUUUGUCUCCAACGGUCCUGGUGACCCUGCCACACUGACCACUACGGUUAACAACCUGUCAAAGACCCUCAAGGAGGCACGGACACCUGUGUUCGGUAUCUGUCUGGGUCAUCAGUUGAUUGCCCGCUCUGUCGGUGCUCAGACCUUGAAGAUGAAGUUCGGUAACCGUGGUCACAAUAUCCCUUGCACGAGCAUGGUGACCGGCAAGUGUCACAUCACCUCUCAGAACCACGGUUAUGCCGUCGAUUCCACAAGCCUCCCCGAGGACUGGGAGGAGCUGUUUGUGAAUGCCAAUGAUGGCAGUAACGAAGGUAUCCGGCACACCAGCCGUCCGUUCUUCAGUGUCCAGUUCCACCCCGAGAGCACUCCUGGUCCUAGGGAUACCGAGUAUCUCUUCGAUGUGUUCAUCAACAGCAUCAAGGAUACUCUGACAUCCCCAGAAGCUAUCAACAACCCCGUUACCUUCCCAGGUGGUACCAUGGAAGAGAACAUCAAAGCCUCUCCUCGUGUCUCCGUCAAGAAGGUUUUGAUUUUGGGAAGCGGUGGUCUUAGCAUUGGUCAAGCUGGAGAAUUCGAUUACUCCGGAAGUCAGGCUAUCAAGGCCUUGAAGGAAGAGGGAAUCUACACUGUCCUGAUUAACCCGAACAUUGCCACCAUUCAGACCUCCAAGGGAUUGGCGGACAAGGUGUAUUUCCUUCCUGUGAAUGCGGAUUUCGUGCGAAAGGUUAUCAAGCACGAGCGGCCCGAUGCCAUCUACGUCACUUUUGGUGGCCAGACCGCGCUGCAAGUCGGUAUCCAGCUCAAGGACGAGUUUGAGUCCCUUGGUGUCAAGGUUCUGGGUACACCAAUCGAUACUAUCAUCACCACUGAGGAUCGUGAGCUCUUUGCUCGUAGCAUGGACUCGAUUAACGAGAAAUGUGCCAAGUCGGCUUCGGCAUCCAACCUCGAGGAGGCCCUCCGAGUCGUGGAAGAUAUCAAAUUUCCUGUCAUCGUCCGUGCUGCUUACGCUCUCGGAGGUCUCGGCAGUGGUUUCGCCAAUAACAUGGAGGAGCUGAAGGACCUUUGCACAAAGGCGUUUGCCGCCAGUCCCCAGGUCUUGAUUGAGAAGAGUAUGAAGGGCUGGAAGGAAAUCGAGUACGAGGUUGUCCGUGACGCCAGAGACAACUGUAUCACCGUUUGUAACAUGGAAAACUUCGAUCCUCUCGGUAUCCAUACCGGUGACUCCAUUGUUGUUGCACCGUCGCAGACUCUCUCUGAUGAGGAUUACAACAUGCUGCGUACAACCGCUGUCAAUGUUAUCCGUCAUCUUGGCGUUGUUGGAGAGUGCAAUAUCCAAUAUGCGCUCAACCCAUUCUCGAAGGAGUACUGCAUCAUUGAAGUGAAUGCUCGUCUGUCAAGAUCCUCUGCUCUUGCUUCAAAGGCUACUGGUUAUCCUCUUGCUUUCAUUGCGGCCAAGCUUGGUUUGGGCAUUCCUCUAAAUGAGAUCAAGAACUCUGUUACCAAGGUCACUUGCGCUUGCUUCGAGCCUUCCCUUGACUACUGCGUUGUGAAGAUUCCCCGCUGGGAUCUUAAGAAGUUCACUCGUGUGUCUACUCAGCUUGGCUCCUCUAUGAAGAGUGUUGGUGAAGUCAUGAGCAUUGGACGAACCUUCGAGGAAGCGAUUCAGAAGGCCAUUCGUUCCGUUGAUUUCCACAAUCUUGGUUUCAACGAGACCAGUGCACUUAUGUCCAUCAAGGGCGAACUGCAAACUCCAUCCGAUCAACGUUUGUUCGCCAUCGCCAAUGCAAUGGCCGCUGGAUAUAGCGUCGAUGACAUCUGGAAAUUAACCCAGAUCGAUAAGUGGUUCCUUAGCAGACUUAAGGGUCUCAGUGACUUUAGCAAGCUUAUGUCUACUCAUAAUGCCACCACUGUUCCCAGACCUCUUAUUCGACAGGCCAAGCAGCUGGGUUUCUCCGAUCGUCAACUUGCCAAGUUCCUUAGCUCCAACGAGCUAGCCAUCCGUCGCAUGCGUGUUGAAGCUGGCAUUAUCCCUAUUGUCAAGCAGAUUGAUACCGUUGCUGCUGAGUUCCCCUCGGUAACGAACUAUCUGUAUCUUACUUACAAUGCCUCUGAGCAUGACGUUGCCUUCGACGAUAAGGGUAUCAUGGUCUUGGGAUCUGGUGUUUACAGAAUUGGUUCCUCCGUCGAGUUCGACUGGUGCUCUGUCCGUACUAUCCGUACGCUCCGUGAACAGGGCUACAAAACCGUCAUGGUCAACUAUAACCCUGAAACCGUUAGUACAGAUUAUGACGAGGCCGAUCGCUUGUACUUUGAGAACAUUAACUUGGAGACUGUCUUGGAUAUCUACCAGUUGGAAUCCUCCAGCGGUGUUAUCAUGUCCAUGGGUGGUCAGACUCCAAACAACAUCGCCCUGCCUCUCCACCGUCUCAAUGUCCGCAUUCUCGGAACCUCUCCUGAGAUGAUCGACGGAGCUGAGAACAGAUACAAGUUCUCGCGUAUGCUCGACCGUAUCGGUGUCGAUCAGCCGGCGUGGAAGGAGCUUACUAGCAUCGAGGAAGCAACCGGCUUCUGCGACAAAGUUGGCUACCCUGUGCUUGUCCGACCCUCCUAUGUGCUUUCAGGAGCUGCCAUGAACACUGUCUACUCUGAGCAUGAUCUUGCUAGCUAUCUUAACCAAGCCGCUGAGGUUUCGCGCGAGCAUCCUGUUGUUAUCACCAAGUACAUUGAGAAUGCCAAGGAGAUUGAGAUGGACGCUGUGGCACUUAACGGUACCAUGGUUGGACAUUUUAUCUCCGAGCACGUCGAGAAUGCUGGUGUCCACUCGGGUGACGCCACAUUGAUCUUGCCCCCCCAGGAUCUGGACCCGGAGACCGUCCGGCGCAUCGAGGAGGCUACUAGGAAGAUCGGUAAUGCCCUUAAUGUCACUGGUCCUUACAACAUCCAAUUCAUCGCAAAGGACAAUGAUAUCAAGGUCAUCGAAUGUAACGUCAGAGCUUCUCGUUCCUUCCCAUUCGUUUCCAAAGUCAUGGGAGUCGACCUCAUUGAGAUGGCCACCAAGGCGAUGCUCGGUGUUCCCUUCCAGGAAUACCCUCCUGUCAGUGUUCCUAAGGACUAUGUUGGCGUGAAGGUGCCCCAGUUCUCCUUCUCCCGUCUCUCUGGAGCCGAUCCCGUCUUGGGUGUCGAGAUGGCCUCCACCGGUGAAGUUGCUUCCUUCGGCCGCGACAAGUACGAAGCUUAUCUCAAGGCACUUUUGUCGACUGGUUUCCGCCUGCCGAAGCGCAAUGUGCUGUUCUCUAUCGGUUCAUACAAAGAGAAACUCGAGAUGUUACCAUCAAUUCGCAAGCUGCACCAGAUUGGGUUCAACCUCUUUGCUACCUCUGGUACCGCCGAUUUCCUGAAGGAGAACGGUGUCCCUGUUAAGUACCUCGAGAUCCUGCCAGGCCAAGAGGAUGAACUCAAGUCCGAGUACUCGCUCACUCAGCACUUGUCGAACAACCUCAUCGACCUCUACAUCAAUUUGCCGUCUAGCAACCGAUUCAGGCGCCCUGCCAACUAUAUGAGUAAGGGUUACCGUACUCGCCGAAUGGCGGUUGACUACCAAACCCCCUUGGUCACCAAUGUCAAGAACGCCAAGAUCCUGAUUGAAGCUAUUGCUCGUCACUAUGACCUGGCCGUCCAGACCAUUGAUUACCAGACCAGCCAUCGCACUGUCACCCUUCCUGGCUUGAUCAACGUUGCCGCUUUCGUGCCCGGCCUCAUGACUCCUGGCUCCAAGGACUUCGAGCCUGUCGGUGAACUUGGACCUCCCUUGUAUCCCACCGUCUCGCAAACUUCCUCUCCUCUGCAUGAAAUGCUCUCCCGGUCAACUUUCAGACAGAAGCAUGUGCUCUCUGUCGGCCAGUUCACUCGUGCCGACCUACACUUGCUCUUCACUGUGGCUCAAGAGAUGCGUCUUGGGGUUCAACGCCAGGGCGUCCUCGAUGUUCUGAAGGGCCGUGUCCUUUGUACCCUCUUUUAUGAGCCUUCGACCAGAACGUCGGCUUCAUUUGACGCUGCUAUGCAGCGUCUGGGAGGACGUACCAUUGCCAUCUCUACGGAACAUUCUUCGACAAAGAAGGGUGAGACCUUGCAAGAUACCCUCCGAACCCUCGGCUGCUACGGAGACGCUGUCGUUCUCCGCCACCCUGACCCGGCCAGCACUGAAGUCGCUGCCAAGUUCUCCCCCGUUCCCGUCAUCAACGGUGGAAAUGGAAGUGUCGAGCACCCCACGCAGGCAUUCCUUGAUCUCUUCACCAUCCGCGAAGAACUGGGAACUGUUACUGGCUUGACGAUUACCUUCACUGGUGACCUGAGAUAUGGUCGCACCGUCCAUUCUCUCAUUAAGCUGCUCCAGUUCUACGACGUGCGGGUGCAGCUCGUCGCCCCUAAGGAUUUGUCCUUGCCGGAAGAGGUUCGUCAGCAAGUUAUUGCUUCUGGCCAGCUGGUUGUGGAGUCCGAGGAAUUGACUCCGGAGAUUGUUGCCCGCUCCGACGUUUUGUACUCUACGCGCGUCCAGAAGGAGCGUUUCGCCGACCUGGAGCAGUAUGAGCGUCUCAAGAACAGCUUCGUCAUCGACAAUGCUCUUCUCAAGCACGCUAAGAGCCACAUGGUUGUGAUGCACCCCUUGCCCAGAAAUGCGGAGAUUGCGGAGGAGGUCGACUUCGACCAGCGGGCGGCUUAUUUCAGACAGAUGAGAUAUGGCCUCUACUGUCGCAUGGCUUUGCUUGCAUUGAUUCUGGCGCCUUAG